AUGGUCGCUCGGUCUGGCGAAGGGGGCGAAGGGCAGCCUCGCCCUCUCACCCCCUCCUCGAGAACCCCCGGAACCCCGAUAAAGCCGCGAUUGGCACGAGUUGGAACGAGUCCGUCGAAACGAGAAGAGAAACCGAAGGAAGACAAGGUUUUGAAGUCAUCGGCCAAAGAUGUUGCGGAACUCAAGGACUAUCAAUUGGGAGACUGCCUGGGCAAGGGCGCUUUCGGUUCCGUGUAUCGCGCGUUGAAUUGGAAUACUGGGGAGACUGUCGCCGUCAAGCAAAUUAAGUUGACGGAUCUUCCCAAGAGUGAAUUGCGCGUCAUCAUGCUUGAAAUUGACCUUCUCAAAAAUCUUGAUCACCCCAACAUUGUCAAGUACCACGGAUUUGUGAAAUCCGCUGAAACCCUGAACAUCAUUCUCGAAUAUUGCGAAAAUGGCUCGUUGCAUUCCAUUGCGAAGAACUUCGGCCGUUUUCCUGAGAACCUUGGUGUUAUUCACCGAGAUAUCAAGGGUGCAAACAUUCUGACCACAAAGGAAGGACUGGUCAAGCUUGCCGAUUUCGGUGUCGCCAGUCGUACUACGGGCUUGAGUGAAUCAAGCGUGGUUGGUACGCCGUACUGGAUGGCCCCCGAAGUAAUCGAGCUUUCGGGAGCAACAACAGCUUCCGAUAUCUGGAGUUUAGGAUGCACUGUCAUCGAGCUACUUGAAGGGAAACCCCCUUAUCAUAACAUGCAGCCCAUGCCAGCACUAUUUCGUAUUGUAAACGAUGAUCACCCUCCAUUUUCGCAGGGUGCCUCACCGGCCGUGAAAGACUUCCUCAUGCAAUGUUUCCAAAAAGAUCCCAACCUUCGAGUGUCGGCAAGAAAGUUGCUUAAACAUCCGUGGAUUGUUAAUGCGCGCAGAACAGAAUCUGUGAUUCCCAAGAAGUCUACAGAAUAUGAAGAAGCCGUCAGGAGUGUCCAAGAAUGGAACGAGGCUUUGCGGUCACCCGAAGCGGGGACUUCAAAGAAAAAACAGAGGCCAGACCAUCCCAGUACUUCCGGCCUGCCAUCUACCCGAAAUAAUCCAUUGGUCGAUACCCUGCCAUCCCCAACCGCUAUCAAACCCACGGAGCGCUUUCGAUCACCUGUAUUAGCAGGGGAUGACAAUUGGGAUGAUGACUUUGCUACUGCAAUCUCUCCUAGCGCACUCAAAUUGCCGCAUCUACGGCCACAUGAUAACUUUGGGGGCAUGCUCUCCUCUGAGAGACUGAAAGCUUUUGCGUCACUCGACGGGACCAUACUCAGAUCGGAUGACAAUUCUGAUCCCUUUGAGGAUAGCUCAGGCUUCUCUGACGAAGAUACUUUGCAGACCAUUCGACCAUAUCCCGUCAAACCUUCUGUGGCAGAACCUUCCAAGCCUCAAAGCCCUGCAUUCUCUCAGCCUGGAGCCAAUGCCCCCGUUUCUGCAAUGCAAAAUGUUCCAAUCCUCGCCCAAAAUCCCAUGCCGAGACGAGCUCGCCCGGCUCCACGUCCGACUAAUCUCUACAAAGAGAACUCUGUCGAUGAUUAUUCCGACCUCAUUAUGGCCAAUGAGGAUUCAUUGGAUCGAAAGCUGGGUGGUUAUCAAGUACAGUCCGACGAGACUUCAAAUUUCAUGUAUGGUUCUAACUUUUUCCAGGACUUCGAGGAUGAUCCAUCAUCACCCAUUCAUGAAAACAUAGGAUACAACCAAUUAGAUGCCGAAUUUGGCAAUCCGCAUCCCCAGCUGCGCAAACAGCUUUCUGUGAAGCGUGACCGGUCUACCAUUGAGAUCCAGAGGUUCGCUGAGAAUGAAAAUGACGAGGACUUCUCUGAUAUUCUUGGGGCCGACCAAGCUGCUCUAGAUCAGGCAGAGAGCGACGAUGGCUCGGAUCAAAGUACAUUGAUGUUAAACUCCAAACUAUCUAACUCAUGGUUGGGAGACCAAGAAGACGAGGAUGAUCCCUUUGCGCAAUUGGAAGAAGGCUUUGAUGAGGUGGACCUCGAAGAAAAUAUCGCGCGCGAUAAAUACGCACGACUUCGCAACCAAGUUGAGGGUCUUGUGGACUCCCUCAAAACAUCCCAAGACGAGGAAGUUCUUGCAGAGAUUUCUGAACAAUUGUUCACGAUUUUUUGUGACCUUCCAGAGACUAAGAACAUCAUCAUCAGUGCUCACGGCAUGCUGCCAAUUCUCGAGAUUCUUGACACUACUCGUCGCCGUGAUAUCGUCCUUUGUCUGUUGAGGGUUGUCAAUGCAAUCAUAUACGAUGACUAUGAGAUCCAGGAAAACCUCUGCUUUGUUGGUGGAAUCCCUAUCAUCAACGAGUUUGCAUCCAAGAAGUACCCACGCGAAAUUCGACUUGAAGCAGCGGCUUUCGUGCAGCAGAUGUACCAGACUUCCACCCUGACUCUACAGAUGUUUGUCAGUGCUGGAGGCUUGAAUGUCCUGGUUGAGUUCCUAGAGGACGAUUAUGAAGAUGAACGCGAACUGGUGUUGAUUGGCGUGAACGGAAUCUGGAGUGUCUUCGAGCUGCAGGGCUCCACCCCCAAGAACGAUUUCUGCAGAAUCCUGUCCCGCAACUCCGUUCUUGAUCCCCUGUCUCUUGUUCUAAGUCGUGCUCUCGAUGAAGAUGGGGAAUUGACAGAAGUCAUCGAGGGUCGCAUUGCAAAUAUUUUCUUCAUAUUCUCGCAGGCCGAGAAUCAUGUCAAGGAAAUGGUUUCUGAACGAACAGUCUUGCACAGAGUCUUGAAAGAACUGAGGCGAAUGAGCCCAGUUCAUCAAAUUACGAUGUUGAAAUUCAUCAAAAAUCUGUCGAUGCUUUCAACUACUUUAGAUUCGCUCCAGAAUUCCAACGCCAUCGAUGUCUUGACCGAUCUGCUUCGAUCGAAUCUAAAAAAGGCACAUUUCCGCGAGCUCUCAAACCAGAUCCUCAACACCAUCUACAAUAUGUGCCGCUUGAACAAGUCUCGACAAGAAGACGCUGCACUGAACGGCAUUGUACCGCUACUACAAAAGAUCGUGCUCACAGAGCGGCCGCUGAAAGAGUUUGCCUUACCAAUUCUCUGCGACAUGGCACAAUCUGGAAAGGUUGGCCGAAGGGAGCUGUGGCGUAACAAAGGCCUAGGCUUUUAUAUCUCUUUGCUCUUGGAUCCGUAUUGGCAAGUCACUGCCUUGGAUGCUAUUUUCACAUGGCUUCAAGAAGAGACUGCCAAGGUUGAAGAGCAUCUCUUGGACGGUAUAUUUGAGAGUGAUACGUUUGAGGGCCCCGUUACAUUUACUGGCGCCAUUGCGGAAUGUUUGAAGCUUUCGAAGGCUAAUGCAUUUGAAAACACCCUCGAACCUCUGCAGAAGCUUCUUCGGCUCAGCCCUCAGGUCGCAUCCACCUUUGCGCGGCCUGAUAUCUUCCAGAGACUGAGGCAGAAGCUGCAUCACACCAAAGCCGCCGUCCGACUCAACCUUCUGCGCAUAAUAGCCAGUAUUUGUGAUUCAAACGAAGAACAAGGUGGGCUACUCGCAACGUAUGGCCUGCUCGAUGCUAUUCGAAACAUGGAGAACGACCCCGCAGUCCUUGUCAGAGAUAUGGCAGGCAACCCGAAGACAAAGCACAUGCACUCCCCCUCCAAUCUUAUUCUCGGCAUCAUCUACCCCGUCCACGCCCUCAUCGCACCGCACCGGCCAGUCAAGGGGAUAUCUGGAUGGUCGGGAAACUCCCCGGCACCCGCGAAACUCUCUCAGUGUUUCUUCCUUGGCUAUGAGACCUGGCAGUCGAGAUGGCACCAGCCCGGCUCUUGGGUCUGCGGCAAAUGGAAGCAGUGCGGCCGCUGCCAGGCCUAG